UGUGGGACGGGCAGCCAUUUUGGGAAGAGCUUUGUUAUGGUUGUGGGCUCUCCACCUCUGCGGGAUCAGGAAGCUGGGGAAGCGCCCUCGGACGCCGCGUCUGGCCCGUAGCUGUAAUCCCGCGGCUGCCCGUGAUAGAUUCCUGUGACCUUUUAAAUGAUUGAAUGACAGAAAUGGAUCCAAAAAAUAAGUGACUUCUCUACUGAAGCAGAAGAUUCUUCAUAUCACCUUCAGUAAUUCGUGUUGUUCUUCAAGAAGGGCACAACUAAGUGGAAUACAGAAAGCAGAAGAGAAGAAAGCCUUACUUUGAAGCUGUCUCUCUACUUGACUAUCCCUUACCCUUCCCAUUUCUUUUACUUUUAGUUUGCUCUCAAUUUAUAGGGAAGACCAAAGAAAUAGAAGAUACUUUUGGGAGCUUCAUACCAAGAAAUUUGCCUUGAAAGCUGCUGUUCUGUGAAGUGAAAAGUAUAUCAAGUUCCUGUCUGAUUUUUUUUUAAAAAAAAAUAUUUAUUUUCCAAAUCCUUAGAUUUUGAAGGAUAAGCCAAAUGCAAAUACAUAUCUGCAUAAUAUUUUUAGCAGCUGUGUAAGAAUAAUGAGAGUUGUAAAUUAAGGGCUUUGGCAUGUCAGUUUUUGCCACUGGAGUUGACUGCUCAGAAGAUCUUUUCUAGUUUUUUAAUAUUUUUGAUCUAUCACUUUGAUGACAAUACUUACCCACACAUGAGCCCAUCUGUCUUUCUAGCUAUGACCUUUUUAUGAAUAGAACUUGGACUUAGUGUGCAAAUGUCCCUGAAUUAUCUGUUUAAGCAACAUCAUAGUGACAUCACUCAAGGAAGUUGAAUGAGGUGAACAUAGACAUAGCUCUUUCCCCUUCCCCCCAUUUUUUAAAUGUAACAAAUACUUUUUAUGUUCCCCUUCCCCCCUUCCCCUUCCCCUUCCCCCUUUUGGAAACGUGCCAGGAACUAGAUAGUUUAGGAUGAGCCAUUGAGGGGACUGAGAGUGAUCCACGCAGAGUCUGGCUUCUUUGUGCUUCAUCACAAGACUAGCUGCUGGCCAGCGUAAUCAAGCAUCCUUUUAACAAGAGAACCUCGUGGGAAGUCCAGCUGGCAGACUCAGGAAACAGGAUUACAGAGGUUACACUCUGGGGUCCUGGCCAUGAGGUUGGAUGCCUCACUUAGCUGAAAAGAGACACUGGACCUAAAUGGCGCAGCAUGACUUUGUUCCUGCUUGGCUAAAUUUCUCAACACCUCAGUCAGCUAAGUCACCUACAGCCACCUUUGAAAAGCACGGAGAGCACCUACCACGAGGAGAUGGUAGAUUUGGAGUAAGCCGUCGAAGACAUAAUUCCUCUGAUGGCUUUUUUAACAAUGGACCUCUGCGAACUACAGGAGAUUCCUGGCACCAACCCUCCCUGUUCCGUCAUGAUUCUGUGGACUCUGGUGUCUCUAAGGGAGCAUAUGCUGGAAUCACAGGGAACCUGUCUGGUUGGCAUAGCUCUUCACGAGGUCAUGAUGGCAUGAACCAGCGUAGUGGAGGUGGCACAGGGAACCAUCGCCACUGGAAUGGCAGCUUCCACUCCCGGAAAGGCUGUGCCUUUCAGGAAAAGCCACCUUCAGAGAUUAGGGAAGACAAGAAAGAAGACAAGAUGGAAAAGUUGCAGUUUGAAGAAGAAGACUUUCCUUCUCUGAAUCCAGAAGCUGGCAAACAGAAUCAGCCAUGCAGACCUAUUGGGACCCCUUCUGGAGUGUGGGAAAACCCGCCUAGUGCCAAGCAACCAUCCAAAAUGUUAGUCAUCAAGAAAGUUUCCAAAGAAGAUCCUUCUGCUGCCUUCUCUGCUGCAUUCACCUCACCAGGAUCGCACCAUGCAAAUGGGAACAAACCAUUAAUCACAGUUCCAAGUGUUUAUAAGAACCUGGUCCCUAAGCCUGCACCCCCUCCUUCCAAGCCAAGUGCGUGGAAAGCUAACAGAAUGGAACACAAAUCAGGAUCCCUUUCCUGUAGCCGGGAGUCUGCUUUUACCAGUCCCAUCUCUGUUACCAAACCAGUAGUGCUGGCUGGUGGUGCAAUUCUAAACUCUCCCAAAGAGAGUCCCUCUAGCACCACUCCUCCAAUUGAGAUCAGCUCCUCUCGUCUCACCAAAUUGACCCGCCGAACUACCGACAGGAAAAGCGAAUUCCUGAAGACGCUGAAGGAUGACCGGAAUGGAGACUUCUCAGAGAACAGAGACUGUGACAAGCUAGAGGAUUUGGAGGACAACAGCACACCUGAACCAAAGGAAAAUGGAGAGGAAGGCUGUCAUCAGAAUGGUCUUACUCUCCCUGUUGAAGAGGAAGGAGAGGUCCUCUCACACUCUUUAGAAGCAGAGCACAGGCUACUGAGAGCAAUGGGAUGGCAGGAGUAUCCUGAAAAUGAUGAGAAUUGCCUUCCCCUCACAGAAGAUGAGCUCAAAGAGUUUCGCAUGAAGACAGAACAGCUGAGAAGAAAUGGCUUUGGGAAGAAUGGCUUCUUGCAGAGUCGCAGUUCCAGCCUCUUCUCCCCUUGGAGAAGCACUUGUAAAGCAGAGUUUGAGGACUCAGAAACCGAAACCAGUAGCAGUGAAACAUCAGAUGAUGAUGCCUGGAAGUAGGCAUGUAGACGCUCGCAGUUAAAAUCUGAUGCAGGAAACUCAGUUUGUGUGUUUAGGGAUACAAAAGGAAUCUUUCUUUUUCUUAGGUUGUCAGAUACUUCACGCACAAGGGAAAUAAUCGUAUCCCAAAGAGAGCUCUCCGCUUGUUUAGCUUUUUUUGUUGUUCUUCCCUGUUAUCUACUUAAUAGAGAGACAUUUGUGUGGUGGGAAAGAUUUUUAAAACACACACACAUACAGUAUCUGGUGGGGCGAUGCACAAGUGGGAGCUGGCAGUGCAGAGGAGACCUUGGUCUACAGCAACAGCUUCUACUACCAGCCCUUGGGGCACUCACCCCUGUGCUCAAGCAAUCAUUGUCAAUGACAAAGUGACUAUUGAAGUUUUAAUUGUAUUAAAUUAAUGCUAAUAAUUUGGAUAUUUUAUUUUAUUUUUGGCUGCUCGGGUAACUUUAGCCCUUAACUAAGCAUAUGUGGUUUUCCUUUUUUUUUUUUCUUUUUUGGGUACAGCUGUAAAAUAUUUGGAUAUAGGAAAUGUUGUGUUAUUCUUGCAGCCUUGAUAUUCAGGGUGGAUUGUAAAAUAUAAAUUUUUGUGAGAUUCAAAGAUUAAGAUUAUUUUGAUAACAUUAUUUACAGAUUUAAAGAUGUGGUUAUCACAAGUCUGUUGAGGGGGAAAAACUACUGCAUAAAAUAACUAACUUGGAAUAAAUAUUUUGCAUCAGUUUGGAUGGUCUUGUGUAAGAAGUAUAUUUUCUUUAAAAUGAGAUGAGUGGAUUCUUUUUUCAGACUAAAAGACUGAGGGAAGUCUAAAUUCAGAAACACCUAUUUCUUUUAGCAGACACUUUUUUGAUGCAAAAGUGAAAAAGUGCAAUAAGUUACCAGUAAUAAAAUCAGAAA